AUGGGUCAGUCGCAUUCCAAGAGCAACGGGGGCCCCGGUGACUCGUUGCAAUCCUACCCGUCCUUUUCGAAAUCAGACACCAAGGAAUCAAUUCGUUCCUUCCGUGGUUCGAUUCGCUCGAAGAUUCCUGGCGGCCGCGGCUCCGAUAGCCCCCGAGGCUCGACUACCGCCCUCUCCCAGACCGAUAGUAUACCGGAUAAAUCAGAUGCGGGGUCGACAAAGUCGUUUGGCAGCCGACCGGGCUCCAAUGCCGGUCUUCCUUCUCCUGGGUCUGAACUUCCCUCACGAACAGGCUCCCCCGAGCCUCCGCCAUCCCCAUCCCUAUCCUCAAGCUUAAAGCGAGGUCAUAAAGAUGUGAACGCAAUGCAGCAGAGUGGCGAGGUGGAUCAUGUGUCUGAUGGCCCGCCUCAAGGUGCACCUACCACCACUCCUGUUGUCGGCGAAUCCAUCUUGAUGAAGCGAGAGAACCAGCUCAAUCCAAUCUUGGAUUUCAUCAUGAAUGCUCCGGUUGAGACCUCCGGGUCUCCAGGCAUGGGAAUGGGCGCCUUGAAGUCCAUUGACCUGGAUGACAUGAUCACACGACUCUUGGAUGCUGGAUACUCCACUAAAGUCACCAAGACCGUCUGUCUAAAGAAUGCUGAGAUCACGGCCAUUUGCUCGGCGGUCCGGGAACUCUUGCUUUCUCAGCCUGCGCUAUUGGAGCUGUCUGCACCUGUCAAGGUUGUUGGCGAUGUCCAUGGCCAGUAUACCGAUUUGAUUCGCCUUUUCGAAAUGUGUGGAUUCCCACCGGCGUCGAACUACCUCUUCUUAGGUGACUAUGUCGACCGCGGAAAGCAGAGUCUGGAGACUAUCUUGCUUUUGUUCUGCUAUAAGCUCAAGUACCCAGAGAACUUCUUCCUGCUUCGCGGUAACCACGAGUGUGCCAACGUCACUCGGGUUUAUGGAUUUUAUGACGAGUGUAAGCGACGGUGCAACAUCAAAGUCUGGAAGGGCUUUAUUGACACAUUCAACUGCCUUCCCAUUGCUGCGAUUGUCGCCGGUAAGAUCUUCUGCGUUCAUGGCGGACUUUCGCCUAGUUUAUCGCAUAUGGAUGAUAUUCGGGGCAUUGCCCGGCCUACCGAUGUUCCUGAUUAUGGAUUGUUGAAUGACCUUUUGUGGAGUGACCCCGCAGAUAUGGAGGAAGAUUGGGAACCCAACGAACGUGGCGUGAGCUAUUGCUUUGGGAAGAAGGUCAUCAUGAAUUUUUUGCAGCGGCACGAUUUCGAUUUGGUCUGUCGCGCUCAUAUGGUUGUGGAGGAUGGUUAUGAGUUUUACCAGGAUCGAAUCUUGGUGACAGUCUUUUCUGCGCCCAAUUAUUGUGGCGAGUUCGACAACUGGGGAGCUAUCAUGUCCGUUUCUGGAGAACUUCUUUGCAGUUUCGAGUUAUUGAAACCCCUGGAUUCAACGGCCUUGAAGAAUCACAUCAAGAAGGGUCGGAAAGAGAGGAACAGUAUCCUGAGCAGUCCUCCCGCGGCGCCCUCUGCCCAGAGCUUCUAG